GGAGGAGUGAGUCGCAGUGACACUCUCCGUCUCACUCUCCGUCCGUCUCACUCUCCGUCCGUCUCUCGGUCUCAUCUCACCGAUCAAUCGGAUCGAUUCUCAUCACCGAGCAGCAGCGGCCGGAGGCUCGUUCCGUCACCGCUCCAUCUUCCUCCUCCAUCUUCCUUCCUCCUCUUCCUCCUCUUCCUCCUCUUCCUCUCCAUCAUGUCCGGAGUGAAGGAGGACCGUAAAGGCUCCAGUGACAGAUGGGAGUUCUUCUGGAACCCACGAACUCACGAGCUGCUGGGAAGGACCGCCUCGAGCUGGGGUCUGAUCCUGCUCUUCUACCUGGUCUUCUACCUGUUUCUGGCCGGGAUGUUCGUUCUCACCAUGUACAUCAUGCUGCUGACGCUCGAUGACUACAAACCCACCUGGCAGGACCGUUUGGCCACUCCAGGGAUGAUGAUUCGUCCGAAGGGCGAUCAGCUGGAGAUCAGUUUUUCCAUGUCACAAACGGAGAGCUGGGACGGUUUCGUCCACAACCUCAACCGCUUCCUGACUCCGUACAACGACCGCUAUCAGGUUCAGACCAACGAUAACUGCUCACCAGAUCAAUACUUCAUUCAAGAGGACAGUGGAGAGGUCAGGAACAAUCCCAAGCGCUCCUGUCAGUUUAAUCGGACGAUGUUGGAGGAGUGCUCGGGGGUGUCUGAUGGUUUCUAUGGUUACAGCAGCGGUCAGCCCUGCAUCCUCAUCAAACUGAACCGGGUCAUCGGUAUGUUGCCGGGGAAGGACGGUCAGUCUCCUUAUGUCACCUGUGGAGCCAAGAGGUACAGAGUGGAGAAAGAUGAGUGGAGGGAGGACAGCGAUAAGAUCGGAGCUCUGGCGUACUAUCCUCCUAACGGAACCUUCAACCUCAUGUACUACCCGUACUACGGAAAGAAAGCUCAGGUGAACUACACUCAGCCUCUGGUGGCCGUGAAGUUCCUGAACGCCUCUCUGAACACCGACAUCAACGUGGAGUGUAAAAUAAACUCCAACACUCUCGCCGAAGGCAGCGAGAGAGACAAGUUCGCCGGACGGGUGUCCUUCAAACUGCGAAUCAACGACAAAUAGACACACCUGCAGAACACACACACAUGUACACACACAUGUUAAAGCUGUAAACACCGUUUGUGUUUGGUUCUAUUUCUCCAUGAUGCGUUUACUGACCCUCUGUUUUUAAGUAUUUAACCUUUAGUUGCAGCCUGAUUGUCCCCAGUAGUCGUUUGGUUUUGUAUUUCUGAUCCUCGACAGCUUUAAGUCAAACACACUGACCAUGAAACCGACCAAUCAGCACGCACACACGCUGAUGUCACCCAGGAUGGACUGACGACAGGUGGAUCUUCACCUCCAUCAUUAUAUCAGUCUGCAUGAAGGCCAAUUAUUGAUCGCACAGCUGAUGAGUUUACUGAUCAGUUUAUUGAGUCAUGUCACAUAUUUAUUUAUUAAUUAAUUAAUUAUUUAGGGUUAUUUACGAUAAUGUUUUUUAUACCGGUUCAGGAACCAGUUUAAAAAUCUGGACAGGAACCAGUUCAGGAACCAGUUUAAAAAUCUGAACAGGAACCAGUUCAGAAACCAGUUCAGGAAACAUAUCAAUAAUAGUUCAGGAUCAGGACCAGUUUGUAAAUGGCAGGUGAAACCAGUUCAGGAACUGGUCUGUCUCUUUGGCCGUGUUUAACCCUGGUCUCUUGGUGCGUUGCCAUGGAAGCUGAAUCCACGCCAAUCAGACGCUAGCUUUAGUAACCAUGGCAACAAUGUUGUGUUGGUCAUAUCUUUUCUUGUUUAUCGUCGUGGCAGAGCUCGUUAUUUUCGUAGAGUGAUUAGUGAAGAGCUAGAGUGUUAGGGAGUCUUAUGCGGCUUUUGUCUUUGUUUACUAUUGACAUCGUGUGGCUGAGCAUGGAAACUGUUGCCAUGUGACACACACACGUUCUGUCUCCUCACCUGUCAAUCACUCUUGUCUGACCACGCCCCCCCAUACUGCUCUCAAACUAUCGUCUUUCUCUAAAGAGUGACCAGAUUGUCCUGCUGUAUGAUGUCAUAUGAUACUUCUUUGUGAUUGGUUGAUUUCUCCUGCCUGAAAAUGUCCCUGUGUUUUACAGACAAUAAAAUCUAAUAAAUGAAACAGAAAAAAUACCAAAACAACCU